CAGCAGCAGUAGUCAGUCAGUCUCGUCUUCAUGUGCAGCACAGACGGCUCUCAGGCGGACAAACGGCUUUUAUUUUGGCUGUUUUUUUUUACUGCUAACAGGACACUAACAAAAAUAAAGGUAAACCCGCACGGGUGUUGAAUUAUCUGUGGGAGACCCCGUAGUGUGGGGAAGUGUUUGGCUCGUACAGGCCGGAGAGCAGGAGCAGAGCGCCGCAGAGAGGUUGCCGCUGUGUCCUUCUAUCGGCUCCCGGUGGAUUUUAACGUCGUUUAUCGGGACAGUCGCUGUAUGUUGUCUUUCAUCAGAAUCUCUCCUGUCGGAUUUAACCUGAACACAUCCUCACUGACGUCCAGCUGCUUUCAUUCAACCACCUCAACUUCGACAUUUCCGCAUUUUGACGUCUGAUGCUCCGUCUACCCGGCAGCUCGUCUUGCUCAUUGUCUCCAUGGUGAAGUGGGCGGGGUCUGAUGUCAGCCCCUCCUCUCGUCGACCCUCCUGCCAUGCCCACCAUGGUUUCUAGACUUCCCAAGUUCAGCUCGCGUCCUAAACCUGCCACACUCUCCAACGACGCUCAGACAGGUCCGACUGCUACCGCGAACGCCGCCGCCUUCACCGGCGCCGCUGCAACCAGCACCCGCCUCACCAAUGGCUUCUACCAUCACCCCGGCCCGGCAGGGGUCAACAGCGGUCUAACUGCGCCCCCCUCCUCUGUUAAGCAGAAUGGGUUCAUCAGAGUGCCGACCUCCAUGAAAUGCAGGAAAGAAAAUGGGGCGAUGGAGGAGGGAGGGGCUGAUGCAGAGAGGGAGUGGAGAAGAGGAAAAGGCGGGAAUGUUGGACAGAAUCACCCCAGUAACAACAUCCAUCAGUAUUAUUCCCAAAGGCAACACGUAUCACCAGUGGUGUUGCAGGGUGACCCCAAAAAAAUGACCACAUCCUCUGCAGGAAAAGGGCGUGGUCUUGGCCUGCCUGGGACAUCAUCAUCAUUGCCCUCGCCACAGUCCAGCCCCAGAACACUUCCUGUUUGUAAAAGUGGAUCUGUGGGUUCCAAACCGAGCCAGACUGUGUCCAGGCCGACCAACGGCACAAAGCAGACCCUGAACGGUCUUCCUGGAUCCAAACCCCGGAGUGGAACCAAUGGGUAUCUAAGACAGCCUCAGGGUUUUGCUCGUCCUGGCGGUUCUAGGCCAGGUUCUGGUCCUGGGUCUCGAUCUGGUUCCCCCCUCCAAAAGAAACAGCCAGCCAGCCGCUCACAGUCUAGUGACAACCUUGGAUCCACUGCAUCCGUCCAGCUCACCGAAAGCGACCGGCUUCGGUCACGUAGCCUCACCCAGGUCCGACAGCAGCCCUCCCCCUCCCCUGCCCUUACAUCCACCUCCACCUCCACCUCCUCCCUUGCCCGCUCCCCCACCGCCACCCGCUCCUACUCCAUCAACAGGGCCGCUGAGCGAAGCCUCAAAGAGCUAACAGCUUCCUCCGCUCAGGCUCCACCCAGAGGCAGCUCAGCAAAAUCACCUGUUCCCAGCCAGACUCUGGAGGGCAGACGUGGAGGAGUCAAAGUUCAAAGUGCUGUUGCUUCUGGUAGGUCAGGGGUCAGCAUCCCUUCACUCCUACCCCCCUCUGCCUUAAAGAAACCCCUCCUGCCCAGCCUUGGCCCCGCCUCCAAGCCCAGUGGCAUCAGCUAUAAGCUGUCACGCCCGUCACUCAUGAAGCAGUCCCGCCCCCUCCGGGUGACCACAGACGGUGUGUCCAGAGGUGACCAGGAAGUGAAGCAGGCACUGAGAGGGCGGAGGAACUCACUAGAGAUUCCUUCUACCACAGAAAACAGCCCAGAGAGCACCCCAGAGGCUCCAGAGCCAAUAUCUCGGGCAGAGGUGUCGAUUGUUGGGGAGACACUGGAGGACAUGUCCCUGUCUUCAACCUCCUCUCUGGAUAGGAACGACACCAGUCAAGAGUAUAUGGAUGACUUUGACAACCUCGGAAGCGGAGGAGUCGGCAUUAUGCUGCUCUCCACCAAAAAUGAUGAAGACGACUCAGGGCUCGACCAAUCAUGUGCCAGGUUUGAUGAUGACAAGGUGGCCAUCAACGGUGUCAUCAAGGCAACAGGACUAUGUUUCCUGGACGACGGUAUGGACUGGACCGGCAUGAGACUAAGUGGCGAUCGAGGGGAACAUCGUCUGACCCAGCUCUCACGCCGGAGACAGUCCAGUCAGCCAGAUUAUCAUGACCAGGGUGGGUCGUCCCUGGAUCUGUCCCCCUCCGACAGCUGUGGGUCUGGGGGAACCUACAUGUGGGACGAGGAGGGUCUGGAACCACUGGGGGGUGCCGUCACGACCGCUUCCAUCACCACCAACGGCAACACCACCCACCACAUCGGGAGCUUCGACUCGGACCUCAACAGCAUCGACAUCUUGAACAACCUGGACUCCUGUGAUCUGGAAGAUGAUGAUCUAAUGCUGGAUGUAGACUUUGCAGAAGACGCCUCGCUGCACAGCGAUGGAGAUGGGAUGUCCCACAUGGCUCAGUGGAGGAUGAGACAGCUCUGCUGGGGGACACAGGAUGUCCAUAAUGACAAUGAAAGUGACUUCCAGUGUUACAAGCUAACUGAGGAUCCUGGGAAUAAGAGGACAGACACGAUCAGGGACAGUGACCUGAUUCUGGACCUUUGUCCUUCAAGGUCUCCUGGUAGUCCUGGUUUGGGUCUGGAUGUGGAGGAACUGGCUGAGGACUGCUCUGCGGUGCGAUCACAGCUGGAGUACCUGCAGAAGCUACUGCUGCAGGAGGAAGAUGUGGAUGAUGACACUCUGACCACAGACACUCUGAGUCCUGAGACCAACGACUCGUCCCACAGCUCCAACACACAGGUGCAGGCUCUGCUGCAGGAGGUGCAGCAGCUCAGGGAGGAGCUGAGGAGCAGAGACCGAACCAUUGCGCAACUCACUCUGCAACUGACUGUUCCCACGGUGACCGCCAGGUGUCAUUGCCAGGAGAUGACAGGGAGGAUGGAUCGACACACACAGACGAGUGUGGCAGAGAGAGAGAGCGUGGCCUCGCAGACGCCCUGGAGAGAGCACACUUUACAGAUACUUCACUCCUCCACCCAGGAAGAGCAGGAACCACUGAUGGACCGAGUCCCACCGCCAACCCAAGCUCCACCUCCAGCCAACCCCUGCUCUAAGAUCCCCGCUGACACCGACACAACUGACUCCACCACCGAGGAAAGACAGGAUGAUGGGAAAACAUCAACAAAGGAGAAGAGAAGAGCCCGCAGCAGAUCCCUGAAGCUCCCCCAGCCCUCCAAGCUCCACCUCUUCCUGUCUCAGACCUCCAAACCCGACCCAAGCUCCGGCUGCGCCUCCGCCGCUGCCCUCCCUCCAAAGACGAGGGCGCCCAGGCAGCCGUCGACGCCUCAUGACCCAGAGAGCAGCGGCUCUUCUGGGGUUAAGCUAAAAGCACUGGCCUGCACCUCCAGCUCUUCUCGCCUCCCCAAACCAAAGAGCCACUGAUCCGCCGGUCUCAACCCGGCUUCCUAACACGCAGCGACGUGACCUUUCCCGCCGUGUCACUCUGAUCCAUUUGAUCAAUUUCACUGAUCCGAACCUCAACCUCCAAACUUCCUGUUCCUCUAAAUUCUCACAUUAACACUGUGGCUGUAAAGAUCACCACAUGAUUUAAUCUGUACAUUAGGUUGAAAUAUACACAGUUAACUUAUUUAUUAUUAAUUUAAUGAACACUGUGGUCGAUCAAUAAAGGUUUGUAAGUCUUAAAACACAAGUGCAGAAGCUGGUUGUUCUUUAUUCCUCUAAAGGCCUGUUCACUCGCUGUGUGUUAGGAACCACGCUAACUGUCUAAAUGUAUACUGGUGCCUGAUGGACUGACUUCACACUGGAAACGGCCGACAGUGUGGAAACCAGUCCAACCUGGCUGCUCUUCCUUCACCUCUCCAAAAUCUCCUCCAGGAAGUCUUCGUCACCGAGGAGUCACCCAAACACAGAGACCUGUAUCUCACCAAGACCUGCUACCCAAACUGGAUCCUACUAUCUACUUAUCUAUUCAUCUGUUCAUCUAUUCAUCUGUUCAUCUAUUCACUGUUCAUUGUAGACGAUCCAUCUCAAACCUGCUGCUCUGCAAAACGACUCGUCUCCAAGGUCAGAAAAUCCAACUUUUAUAUUUUGUUCCCUCUCAGAGAAAAUGAGUUGUUUAUCGUCUCUCUGUCCUCGUGUUCACUCUGUGGGUUUGACAUGUUCUUUACAGACUGUUUCCUCUCUGCUGCUGUUUACUGGAAAAACCUCCUGCCUCCAGAUCUGAUCAUAAUUUAGUUCCUGUUUGAGUUAUUUUUUUUAUAAAACCUGCUCAGAGGUGGAAGAAAAGUUAACAUGUUGGAGGUGAGAGGUUUUUACCAGACAGUGAUGAUUUGAUCAGAAGGACGCAAGUUAAAGACUGGCUAAUGGCUGGCUAAUGGCUGGCGAAAGGCUUGCUAAAGACUGGCUAAAGGCUGGCUAAAAGCUGGCUAAAGGCUGGCUAAAGGCUGGCUAAAAACUGGCUAAAGGCUGGCUAAAGGCUGGCUAAAGGCUGGCUAAAAGCUGGCUAAAGGCUGGCUAGAGGCUGGCUAGAGGCUGGCUAGAGGCUGGCUAGAGGCUGGCUAAUCGCUAGCCGAGGUUAACAGUCUCAUUAUGCUUCAAACUAAGUGUUUGUCUGCAGUGGUUGAAUAUAACUAAGCACAUUUACUCAAGUUCUGUACUCAUGUACAGUUUUAAGGUAGUUUUCUGUCAUUAUUUCCAUUUCAGUUCAGAGGGAAAUAUUUGACAUUUAUGGCAGCCGUUGCUUUGAUGAUCAUAAUUUUACAAACAAAUUGUGAUCAGCUUAUGAUAUAUGAUGCAUUGUUAUUGAUUAAACCAUUAGUUAACUCCACUUUAAACAACUACUAAAUAAAAGUACCUGCCUCAGUAAUAAUGAUCCAGCAGUGGAGUAAUAUGAUACUGACAGGAGCUAAUGAGUACUUUUAGUUUUCAUACUUUGAGUACAUGCUGCUGCUUCUGUACUUCAGUAAAACUCUGAAUGCAGGACUUGGAUUAUUUUUACCAUGAUACUCUGCUUUUACUGAUCUGAACACUUCUUCACCACUGCUUGAUAAAUUAUCUAACAACACCUAAAACCGCUGUUCCAACCAUGGGAUCAGCUGGUGGCUGCAGCCCAUAAUUUUCAUCACUUUCCAAACCCGACAAACAGACAGUUGCCGAAUCCGUGCAGGGUUUGGACCGGAUUGAUAUUUAUUUAUUUAUGUGCAACAUCAUGAAUUGAUUGAAAACUGUCUGGAAUGAUAAUGAUUAAUUGCAGCAAGGCUAUAAAGACACACAGCAGACCCUAACCCUUACGACAUGGUUGGUUUGAAGCAUCCUGAGGCCUUUAACUAACCAGACCGACCAUUAAAAUCAUCACAGAGACUCACACAGAACAGAAACAUGAGUGUGUUUUAGUCUCAAUAUUCAACAGAGGACUGAAACUUCCUCUCUCCUCUCAGUCAUUUUUAGAUGUUAUUCCUGCUCUGAUAUCACAUUUAGACUGAACGAGCAGCCAGGAGACAUCUGCAGGAUCCACAGCCUCACAUUAACAUUUUGUCACCUGUAUGAACCCACUGACAUUCACCCUCCUCUGACGGAUCACACUCCGUCUGACAGGUGGAACAUAAUCUCAUUUAUAUCGGUGAGACAGAGACUCUCCUCCCAGCGCUGCUUGCUUUGAUAUUAAUCACUGUAUAUGCAAAAGAAUAUGCAACACAGUCGCAGGUUCAAGCCCCAAAAACAGACACUUUGUCCUGCCUGUGUGCCCUUGAGCAAGAGCAGAGAUGGCGUUGAAAAUAUAUGCAAAAACAAACUUAGCGUAGUUUCACAUUUCACGCAGCUGAGGAAUCUACAGACAAUCCCACCAUCAGCCGAACAUCAUGAUCUAUUAAUCAGGAAUCACACACGUGUCUGCAGCUGCGGGACGGUCGAGGUACCGGUGACAAAAUGUGACAGAACAACAGCAGCAGCAGCAGCAACUUUUUUUUUUUUAAGCAAAAAAGUUAAAAAAAAAAAAAGUCAUUUAACGGUGAAUAUUUUCUGUGAAGAUAUUUGGGUUUUAAACUGUUAUUCUGACAAAACGAUCGAACGAAAUAAUCAAAAAGGAAAAUGAUCUUUAGUUGCGAUCUGAGUCAAUAUAACAAUCAGGUGACUGACAGGUGACACAAACCCUUCCUGCACCUGAUUGGACAAAGGUGUCACUGGCUGCGCUGUCAUUGGUUGUCUGAGUGAAAACAGCAGCUUUACGUAGGUUUUAUUUCAUCAUGUGAAAACAAACAUACAACACACGUGUCCAAAACAAAACAUGGAGUCAACACAACAAACCAUGAGCAGCUCACAAAGCACUUAGUUAGAGUUAGAGUUAAAAUAAAAUAUUGAAUGCAUUCAACUGUAUCUGUUUUACACCUUUUAUAAAAAACGCAAACAGAUUCCAAGGAUCUCACAUCGUCUUCCCACUAAGUUUCUGAAUGAACCUGAGAACCAGGAGCUGCAGCUGCAGACGCUUUAUUAUUUACAGCUGCUAACGAGCUGUGUGACGAGCCAGCGUCAUUUGAACAUUAGUUUGAUUGGUUUUCUGAUUGGGGAGAAACAUCUGAUCUGGUAAUCACAUGAUGUAACAACACUGUUGUUGCAUAAAGUUUAAAAGUCAUUUUAAAAACACAAACAUCAGUUGUGACUCAUCAGAACUGAUGCAGGUCCAGGUCUCCCUCCUCUCCCACUCCUCCUCAGUGUCUCCAUCCACUCCUCUUCUUCGUCUUCUUCUUCUGUUUUCCUCUCUCCUCUCAGAAAUGACGGACAUGUCUUCUCUCUGCCUGUCCACCUGCUUUAUGGCUCUCCCAUCUCUCUUUUCUCAUCUCUGUCCAUCCAUCAUCUCUGUGUGAAGAAGCUGCAGCAGGGAGGAUAACAAGGCCGACAGGGAGAGGAGGAGGAGGAGGAAGAGGAAGAGGAGGAGGAGGAGGAGGAGGUGAAGAGAGAACACUGUCAGCUCUAAUUGGUCUUUUUUUUUAUUAUUCCAGUUUUGUUCUCCUCUCCUCUCUUCCUCUUUCUCUCUUUCUGUCCUGAUCACCAACUGGCCUCCAGAAACUCCAGGGGCCCCACAACACCUAUUUUUCCUGUGGCCCCUUAGGAUGUUAGUCUGACCAUUCCUCCUUUCCUGCAUCCCCCUUUCCUUUCCUUUCCAUCUGUAUUUCCUUUACUAUCAUCUUAUUUCGUUUUUUCUUUUCUUAAUAUGGCCAACAUACACACACACACACACACACACACACACACACACACACACACACACACACACACACACACACACCUGAGAGCAACAGCAGGUACCACUCGGGUGUUGUAGAUAAACCCAGUUGCCAUGGAAAUACAGCCAGGCAGCCAUGGCAACAGCUGCAAUGGGAUUCAACCUGAAACGUAAAACAACACACUCUUCCUGAUGCUGGUUUAAAUCUGUGUGGAUGAACUCCAUCUCCCAGAAUCCUCCAUAUCUUCUCCUGCCCUUCCCUACCUCCUCAUUUCCUUCCAUUUAUUCUAAUUUCCUUUGCUUCUCCCCUUUCCUUCUCUUUAGUCUCCUUUCCACCUUUCCUUUUCUUCCUCAUUCUCUCCUUCAUUCGUCUUCGGUUCCACUUCCUUGUUCCUCUUUCCCUCUCUUCUCUCUCCUUCCAUCUUCUUUUCCUUUCCUACCUCCUCUUUUCAUUCCUCCUACCUGCCCCUUUCUUUCAUACACCUCCUUUCAUUUGUUUCUAUCUCUCAUCUCAUUCUCUACCUCCUACCUUUCUUUCCUUGACCAUUUUCUUCCUAAUUUCUUCACUUUUUCCUCAACCUCUUCCUUCCAUUUCUUUCCUCCUUGUUUCCUUUCCUUUUCAUAAUCCUUUGUUCUUUUUUCUUCCAUACUUCCCCUUCUUCCUCCUCUCCUUUUCUUCCAUGUCCCCUCCUCUCAACUUCUUUUUCCUUUACCCACUUUUUUUAACCUUCUUGUCUUCCCUUCUUUCUUCUCUUCUCUGCCUCCUUAUUGAUCAAAUUUCUCCCCCUACCUCCUCCUUUUCAUUUCCUUCCCUUCCUUCUCAUUUGAUUCCUUCUCCUUGCCUUCGUUAUCACCCUCUCCUUCUCUCCUUUCCUUCUCUAUAUUGUCCAUCCUCCUUCUCUUUCUUACCUUCCUUCUUCUUUUCCUUCCUCCUCAGUUUUGUUACUCCCCCUUUUCUCGCAUACACCCCUUUUCAUUGGUUUCGUUCUCUUCUUCUCUACCUUUCUUUCCUUGACCUUAUUUUUCCUUGUUUUGACAUUUUUUCUCAACCUCCUCCCUCCAUUUAUUUUCUCCUUUUUCUUUUACCUCCUCCUUUCCUUACACAUCCCCUCUUCUCAACUUCCUUUUUUCUUCACUCACUUUGUUUUUUUACCUUCUUGUCUUCCCCACUUUCAUCUCCCCUUCUCUGCCUCCUUAUUCAUCAUAUUUCCCCUUCCUACCUCCUCCUCCUCCUCUCUCCUUCCCCCUGAGGUCUGACACUCGUCCUGAGAAACUCCUCAGGGUUAAAACUGUGACAGAAUCUAAAGUUUAUUGUCCGUCAGCGCCUCGUUUGUGCUCGUCCUGUUAAUGAGUGCUGUGCGUCAUCAUCAGCCCCCGGCAGGGAGGAAAGCAGGGAAGUGGGGUUGGGGGGGAAAUAGGAGCAGAUUGACUAUGUCUUAGCUGAAGCUUACACUGGAUUUAACAGGUGCACGUUCUCACCCCAGAACCGCGGCCGCCGGCUUAAACCUGAAGGUCAUUUCAUCUUAACGACGGAUUCAUUAAUGAGGAAAAAUAACAGUUAAUCUGCCUCCCAGCAGCCGGCCAAUUAAAACCCUCCGCUGAUGAAACAGCUGGAAGCAGCUGCUCAGAGACAGUCAUUGUGUAUAGGCAAAUGUUGUUGGUUUGAAACUUUCUAAAAAUCUUACCUGUAUUUAUUUUUAAAGUUUCUAUUUAUGUAUUUAAUUUCAGAUAAUUCCUGACUUUAGGUUUAACUGAUCUCAGAUAUAUAUUUAAUCAAAUUCAAAUCUUUCAAAUCCCUGAUCGAAGCUUUUCACCAUUAAACUAAAAUAACUCAGUCUAAUUAACUCAGUCUAAUUAAAACUUUAAACCUGAAGAAGAGAUGAGCAGCAGAGUGAAUGAAGUGAACAGCUGUCGUCUGAUCCGGGUCAGAUCCACACUGUGACUCAAGAUUCAUCAGAGUUGAACCGAGACUCAUAGAUGAGAUGAUCAGCUGAUCAUUACAGAUGUUACAGAGUGAUGCCGCUGCAGAGAGCACCGCUGCAGAGAGCACGUUCACCAGAACAGACGCACGUGUGUUAUUAGCAAGUAUUUUUGAAUCACCAGUGAGAAGCUGCUACAUGAGUGUGAUCUCUCUUUGCAAAUGGCAGAGCAGCGAUUAAAGGACAUGGUCGUUAGCGAGAUUCGUUAGCGGUCUUCACUCAUCCAGGAACCAGAUCCAAAUUGGAGCCAGCUGUAGAAACACACGUCAGUGCAGAAAUACCAACGAUAUUAUUGGUAUAUAUCGAUAUUAUUUGGGAACACCUGCAUUGUCCAAUAAGACACAAAUCCUACUUGUAUAACACCUGUGUCGUACAGGUGUUGACUCAUGUCAGUGUUUUAGCACCGAGCUCACAGUGAGUGAUGGUGUUGGACUGAACUGUUUUACAUUCAGAAGGGGUUCCUAAUAUUCCGACCUCCUCAUCUACGCUAAUAGGAACAACAAAAAAUAAACAACCUUUAAUUCUGACCUCAGUCAAUUAGAUUUACACAUUUCAGACAAAAACUCAACGUCAUCAGCUGUUGUGUUGAAUUGAUUGUGAACAGAUUGUACAGGUGUACCCAAUAAAGUGGACACUGAGUGUAGAUUUGAGCUCCUGUAGAAGCAGUCUUGUUAUUAUGUACUUGUCCAGAGGCGGGCGGACACUAGAAAGGCAUAUUGUUUUACUUUCUGUUUUUGUUCCUGAUGGCGUGGCCGCUCCACGUGACAUGUGACCAGAGGAAGUGUCUGAGCGCUCAGGUUUCUUUAAACCACCUGUACCUGUUGAUCUGAUCCACAUGGAGCCUUGUCUCUUCCCUCUGACGUGUUUCACAUCACAUCCAUCACUUCUUAGCUGCACUAAUUCAUGCAAGUGACACAGAACCCAGCGGGGUGCGUUCACAGCCGAACACGCUUAAAAUUCAUUUCCAAACGCACACGCACGCAGAGAGAGGACAGCUGCAUUGAUGUUCCUAACAUGUCGGUUGACUCCACAACACAAUGAAUGGAAUUCUCAUUAAAAACUGAAUCGAGAUGAAAAGUAAAUGAAGCAAGACAGAGAUGUAAAAGAAGAAUAUUCAUUUAAAAUGAAAGAGGAAACAGAUUAAAGUAAAUCUGUUUCCUCUCCUUCAAACAAGGUUAAAGAUUUUCAUCUCGGAGGAUCCGUCGCUUCAUCCAGGAAGAACAUGAAAAACAGAAAACAUGCCCGAGUCGUGUCAGGGCUUUGCUCUCCUCAUGUCAUGUCUCAUGUAUCUUCACGUCUCUUCAUGUUUCUGCUGUGAAAUCAUGGAAAGGUCAUAAAAGAUAGAAAACAGCUCGUUAACGACAGGAUGAGUCUGAGUGAGACGGCGUCGACUCCUCCACGGUUCAGGGUCUGAGGAAAAAAAUCUCCAUCAUGUAGGAAUCCAGAUUUUUCAUGAAAUACAAGUAUGAUUAACUUUAAUAAAUUCGUGAUUCAGUAUUUAUAUAUUAUCAGGUUCCCACAUGAAGGAGGAAGUGGAGUCAGGACAUAAACAACUCUUCAUUUUUGUAUUUCAACACUGGAAAUGCAAAAGCACAUUUUCCUCAGAUUUGUCGUCAAAUUAUUAACAUAGACUUUCCAGUCUAAUCCGUUUCAUUUUUAAUAACAAUCAGAACGUCACAAGUCAUUAACUCUGCUCCUGAUCAAACCCAUGAUAAUCUGAACAUCGAAACACCUGGAAACUCCUGGAAACUCCUUGACUUGUUCAAUCAGGUGAAUUUUAACUACAAAUAAACUCAGUUUGUUUCCUUCAUUUAAAAAGUAACUUUUUAACACCUGUCUUUUAACUUGAAGCUACAACAUCUGUGAAGGCUCCACCCUCUCAACACCUGCUGCUGCUGCUGUUGUUGUUGUCGUUGUUUUUGUUGUUCACCCUAAGACGUCACUGAAAUCCAGUUUCAGAGACUAAAAGACUGAACCUCAUCACAGACACAAAUGAUUCCCAAAUAUUAUUUAUUUAGUUAAGAAAGCCACAGUUUCAAGUUAUUUGACAAAAUCUGCAGGAAACUCCAGCUGCAGAGAUGUUGAAAAUGCUCUGAUGAUGAUGAUGAUGAUGACGAUGAUGAUACACAUCUGCAGAGCAGCUGGAUGUGACAGACACAGAUAGAGUCACAGAUCUUUCCUGAGCUGAAGUCUUAUCUUCAUGCUGAGCUGUUUUCACUCUGUGUGCAGCUGUGAUACUGUGUAUGUGUCGUAUUUGCAUUCACGCCUUACUUGUCUUUUCCUGAUAUCUCAGAUUUCAGUUUGAAAGUGAACAUUUAGUUUGGAUUUUUGAUAUAAAGUCAGGUUUGUACCAGGUUUGACGCUGAAACACUGAAACUUUUUGGUUUUAACACAGAAAAUGAUCAAAGUUGUAAAUUAUUCAAAUUAUUUCUGCACCGCCUGUAAUAAAGGCCAUUUCAAAACACUGAUGGGGAUGGAUGGGUCACAUCGUAAAUUAUUCAUAAUGUACAUUUUCACAGUUUCUCUUUUUAAUUCUCAUUAAUUAAUUAACCCCUAUCAUGUCUACUUUCCCGUUUUUCCUAUCACUGUUAAGCUUCUAUCAAUGAAUCUCAACACUUCCUGAAGAUUUUUCACGUUAAAAGUUUUCAAGGCAAGCAGACAUCAACUGUUCGAUGCUAGAAGACUUUUAUUUUGAAAUAUCUGUGCAGGAAGUAUUGGAUUGUUUUGAAAGUAGACAAUCAAACAACUAAAAAGACAGAAAGAAGAACAGAGAGGGGAGGAAUUAGGUUUUCAACCUUAGAGUUCCCUCCAAAAAAAGCCUCAAAAGUAAUAAGCUCUUAAAGUCUGGAAUAAUUGUCAGUAAAUUAAUGUAGUUGAUAAAUAAUUGUCUCAUUGUCAUUGUCAAGUCAUUAAAUAUUUCAGUUUUCUGCUGUUGAAGGGUCUUACAAAGUCUUAUUUGGUGACCUGUGUUGCUAAAGAGUCAGUUCUGUGGAAAUGUACAUUAUCCUGAGUUUAUACUGUAAAACAGGUAAAUAUGGAGGAAGUGUUGCAUUUUCAUCAAUAGCAAAUUAAAGCAAAGACUGUGUGAAGGUCGGAGUUUCCACCACGAGCUGCUGUGUUGUGGAUAAUAUUUCAGUAUCUGUAUUUACACGUAUUUAAACAGACGUUAAAUAUCAGCUCAGAAUAAUACUCACUCCUCAUAUCUGUACAGUAUCUGCGAUAUCCAGUCCUGCAGUAUAUCCACUCGGCUGUGUCCUGUACUCUACUCUCUCUGUGUGUUGUCUGGGGGAAAUACUCUUAUUUUGAAAAACUUGAAGGACAGGUAUUUUAUGUUGACAGACAUCCUGCCCUUUCCUGUGUCACCUGCUGGUUUUGCAGAAUUUGAUUUUUGUGCAAUAACUCUGCAGAACUCGGUGUGUUACCUCGCCGCCGCCACCGCGCUAACUCUUAUUUAUGUGACAAACUGUACAAAGUCUUAUCCACUGUAAUUAUUAUUAUUAUUAUUAUUGUUAUUAACACUGAAUUGUGAGCUUGUAAAGCAUCUCAGUCUGAAAAUGCACUUUAAAUGAAACAAUGUGGGGCUUCAUUCAGCUUCUCUUAAAGACGAAAAUGUCUCAACUGCUGCAUUUUAAUUGUGUUUUGUUGUUUUUGUCGUUUUUUUGUUGUUUUGUUUCUCAGCGUAUGAAGCUGCUGCUCUGGAUUCAUGCUGCGUUCAAAUCACAUGGAAACAAAUAGCAAAUGUUAAAGAGAUUCAUUCAAUUCAAACCAUCAAAUCAUCAUCUGGGGCCAGUUGCACAAAACACCUUAAGUUUUCUACUUAAGUCUGACACUUAAGGUUGAAUUUCUCCUUAGCUGAGGGCGUUACUGAAGGUUGUUGAAAAGACAUUUUCAGCGAUGAAAGAGUUUCAAUGGAGACCAUGUGUUCGCUGGUGUUAGCGCUUGUGAUAUCUGCUAACACCUCACCUGUAUCGUCUCACAAAGUUGGCCAGAAGAAUUAAAUGGCAGAAGAAAAGAUGGAAAGAAACCUGAAUAGGUCAGAGGAGGGAAAAGGUGAAACUUCUAGAAGAAAAUAACAAAAGAAAACACAUCCUUAAAAGUAAAUUUGAUCCUCAAAUAAAAUCCAACAGACACUCAGUGAAUGACACGGCUCACAGCUGAUCAGUGGACAUGAACUACUUCAUCAAUAAUUGGAAGCUGGAGAAACUGGAAAGAUCCUGUAGCAUCAAACCACAGAGCAUCAUUAACUGCAGAGGAGCUGAGGAGCACACCUGAGGGAAGAGGAGUGAUCAGCUCUAGACGGUCGGACAAAUCAGAAACUGACUGCCGAUAUAAUCUAUAUAGCAAAAUCAAUUCCUGGUCGUUAAAGGUCCAUCAGGUUCUUCCUGUUCAUCCUCAUCCUCAUAAUCCUUUAUCACCAUGAAUUCAGAUAUACUGAGGUUAAGAUACAAUCAGACGACCCUUACGUUUUUUUCCUUAGUUUGGUCACUAAGGUCUUAAGUGACUUUAAGUGAUUUCUCAAGUAUAAGACUAAGAUAAGGAGAAAACCUUCAAUACUUGAGUGAACCUUUUAAGCAAACCUCAAGGAGAAGACUUUGUACAAAAGUUUUAAUUUUAAGGGAAUUUUAAGUUGGACUUUAAGGAAAUCAUCAUCAGGACAACACGAAGAGUCACGACUAAAAUUAAAUAUCUCACAAAUCAUUGUGUUAACAGCAAGCAAACAAACUCAACAUAUAAUAAUUUAUUUUUAGGUUCCACAUCUCUUCAUGUCACAAACUCCGCUCUAAACACAGAAAACUACAGUCAUGGCGUCCUGACAGUGUGACAUCACCUUGACAGCGUUCCCAUGUGACAUAAAUGCAGCAUGCUUGUCCAGGAGUCAGCUCGAUUCCCAUCAGCCCUGCUCUCAUUGGUUGAUACAGAUGCAAGAAAAAAAAAUAAUAAUAACAUUAAACUAAUGAAGUUUAAUAUCUGCUCUGUUGAAGCCUGUGCGACUGAUAAAUAAAAACCUGCUGAAUAUUUCCUCAUCACCUGCGUCACACCUGUGAGACGUUGAGUGCUGAAGGUUUCAUCGGACGUCUGUGUUCCUGUUAUAAUUGGCCGAUACAGCCCCCCUUGUUGCUCAUUGGUUAAUAUUUAUGGUCCUCUUCUGUCAUUGGCUGUGAUGUCUCCAAUGCUGCUGAGAAGCCGAAUGCUGAAAUAAAGAUAAUCUACACUGAA